GAGGAGGGACAUGAAGGUUAAUGGGGAAUAAUAAAAGUAAACGUAUCAUUAUGGUCGUGUGUCACGUGUACCAUUUGCUCUGACUGUUGUGUCUUUUUGAAUCUUUUGGGAUCAAAAGGGUUCAAGAAGACAAAAUUAAUUCUGAAAUAGGAGUCCAAGGUGAAUAAUAACAAUGGUAAGAAACUUCAUCCCACCUUCUUUUGAAAGUACAGUAGCAGUGUGAAUCCUCAGUUCGUUUCAUUUCUUCCUCACCAAAUCCAUCAAUAAAAAGGGGUGUGGAUCCUCCCUUCUCCUCAUCUCUCUCUCUCCAUCCAUCCAUUGAUCUUUAGAGGUUUAGGAUGUAUCCUUCUAAAUUCAAUUGCUUUUUGUGUCCCGUUCAGUUUCUUUUUGUAAAACCCUGAUUCCAAGAAUUCGAUCGUGUUUUCUCACCAAAUUAGGAUCUGGGUUCUCUUGUUCCGCUUCAUUUUUCACUUGGGUUUGCAGCCAACUUCAGUUCCAUCUUCUUGUUUCUGCUUUUGAUUGGGGCGAAGCAUUGUCUCAGUCCCCUGUGUUUUUCUUUUGGUUGAAUUUGGUAAUUGUGCCAAUGGUUGUGCUUAGGGACAGUGGAGCAUUGGAAUCAGACGAGCCUAUUGAAGAAUCCUUCUUCGAGGAGUUGUAUUCCUCUCCGCCGACCACAUAUUCCCCUCCACGGGGGCCCACAAAUUUUCCGUAUUUUCCUCCGUCGCCCACAUAUUUGGGUGUGGGGGGCCCCACAAGUUUCCCUCCGUCGCCACCGUCUUUCCCUUUGUAUUCGCCGGCAUCGCCGCCGCCACCAUCCUCAUCCGCUUCUAGACCUAUGCGUGUAUGGACUGCAUUUGAUAUCUUUCAUGGUUUCCAAAAUCAACAGCACGAGUACGUCGUUGACCUGCCCGUCCUUGUGGUGGAAUACCUAAUUGAGAAGAGGGGCGGUGAGUUGAAUGUGAUCAACGGGUUGGAAGGCGGUGCGCUGAAUGUGAUCAACCAAUUGGAAAUGCAUGCGUUGGAGGACUCAUAUGACUGGUUGUCGUUGAAUGAGAUCAACUACUUGGAACACCAACACGAGGACAUCGUUGACCAGCUGGUCAUCGACUUCGCGGAAGUGGAUCAUAGUGUAAUUGGGUACAGGGGCGAUAAGUUGGAUUUGUUCUCAGUAGCGGCAGUUUUGACGAUUAACGGGGUGGAAUACAGGAAACGUCAGGCCUUGUCUACGACUCCGGAAUCAUCGGUUGUAUUCGUGGAGAAGCUCUCCGUAAGAGUAUGGCUGGGAUCCCGCGGCCAAUUGGUGGCCGAUAUUCGUUACGGGUGGAAUUGGCUCAACCUCGGCACCUUCAAAACUGCCGAAGGCGCCCCCUCAACCGCUGAAUCUUUUAAAAGGUGGAGGGGAGGGAAGGAUCUUUUCGAUUACCCUCAACCCUUCCUAAUUGAAAACAGAUCACAACCGCUGCAGUUGCCACCGACGGCACAAGAAGAGAACCAAGAUGGUGGAAUUGGAUGUGAGGGAAUAGGGGAUUGUGCAAUGGCAGAUCAAGCUCAGUUUAAUUCUGAGUGUUCGAAAACAAGGAAAACAAGGGAAAAGAACCCAGGGGGUGAGACUUCAAACAAGAAAGCAAAGGGAGUUAGAAUUGAAAUUCCUUCGGAUGAUAUCUUACAAAGGAAGGGAAUGUGCAUUAAAAAUGCUGCAAAUGAUCUCAAAGUUAGCAAAUCUACGCUUAAGCGAAUCUGCCGGGAAUAUGGUAUCAAGAGAUGGCCACCUCGCAAGGAACAAGAACUUAUCAGUCAAUCUCGCCCCAACAAAUCUCCUGCGGUUGUUGAUCAAGAGCAAAUCCCACAAUUGAAUCCUGAUACGUUGCUGCCUCCUAAUCAAGUCCCGGCUAAUAGUGAUACAUAUAGAGUGAAGGUAAAGUGUGAAGAAGGAACAAUAAUAAAGUUUCGGUUGUCCAGUCCAUGGCGAAAGGUAGAGCUGGAACAAGAAGUGAAAAAGAGGCUGCCAUUCGAGGCUGGAACUUACGACAUCAAAUACAAAGAUGAGGAUGACGAUUUGAUUUUACUAAGUUGCGAUGAGGAUUUAGCUGAAUGUAUCUCCAGUUCUAGCCCAGUGGGCAGCCGUUCGAUUGAGCUAUUUCUUAAACUAAAGUAACUCGUGGUUUCGCUUUGGCCAACUUUAAUCUUGGUACUGGAGCAUUUACCCUUCUUAAUUUUACUUUAGAAGUGUUUGGUUAUGCAGUCAAACUGUUUGGACGUCUCCAGAUCUAUUGCAUCGGAGAAGUGCAUUUACAGAUUAUAUAUCCAAUAGCUUGGUAUUGGAGUUGUUGUUGCUGUAGUUUGAAAAUUUAGUGCUUCAUAUAUAUAUAUGAUACUAUGUUUUUCGCUA